AUGAGGACUCUUUGCUCUUUCUCCAGGCUUUUGGUCAUGGGCUUUACUAUGGCAUCCUUGGUGGGACAUGGCCUUGGUGCUGUAAUGGGAAAAGGAAAAGGGGCCGAUGAUGAAGUGCAUGUGACAAACUGGACCGCGAAGAGAUCGUCGGAUAGCAUUGUUGAUGACACAAGCAACAAUAACAUUAUCAGGUCUUCUCCCGGAGACUUUCCUGUCUGCACCGAGCUAGAUCGCCCAUUUUCGCCAUUUUGUCUACCACGGGAUGGGGCAGAUGUGACAGUUGAUUCGACAUAUUAUGUUACAUGGAAUGCCGACUAUUAUCCUUUGAAUGCCACUGUUACGAUUGAGCUGCGAUAUCCCAACUCUUCCAACGGAGAUUCAGCAUUCACGUCAGAGAAGACCGACAACAGCUACGGGUACAUCACUCUCCAUAUGCGCAAGGAAUGGCUUCAGGGUAAAGCGCGCAAUACCUUGCUGCUAUAUAUCAUCGAGCUUGAUUCUGCAUCGGGCCAAAGGGCCAGUAUUCGGAAAGGUCCAACUGUGACCCUUCAGCCCAAACCCGUCGUGCACUACGCACCACCUCCUUCGUUGCCUUUCAACCGACAGGCUCUUCUCAUUGGUCUUCCUGUGAGCCUGGGUGUUGUGAUGGUCAUUGUUUUUGGACUUUUCUUCGGUAUGCGAAAAAGCAGAAGAAUCGCGGUCAAAAACAUCAUGGGAUCCCGAGGCAAAGGGUAUGGUAUUGGGAAGUCCAAAAAUGAACGCCUCAAUACCAAUAGGAAUAUGGAAGCCAGGGGCUCGGACGGACUCGCAGCAUUGGGAAAAUAUUCAGAAGACGAUGACGAAGGAUUGUCAGAGAUUGACCCCGAUAUGUACAACAAUGAGCUGGAACGCAACGCCAACUAUGCCUUCCGACAGCACGUGUCAAAGCUAAAGAGCUGGAAUUGA